CCCAGGCAUGUGCCGCCUGAACAUUUCAUUCCGAGAGAUCGCCUGGAGCACAAGGGGGCAAAUCACUGGACAGAGAAGAUGUCUUCAAUGUUGGAUAGGUACUUGAGUGCGGAUAAAAUGUUGAGAGUGUUCAUUGCCGUCAUUGGAGCUCCUGUGAAUUUAGUGGCGAUUGCGAUCCUGUCCCGGGGAAAGUGCCGCCUCUCCACCUGCACCACUCGCUACCUGGUGGCCAUGGCAGCGGGGGAUCUGCUCACCGUAGUCAUCGAGGUCUUUUUAUAUCGAAUCAUAUAUAAAUACUUACCGUGGACUUUUCUCAGCAUUACACCUGUGUGCAAGGUUAUGGAGGUAUUGAGGUUCAUUGCCACAUACUGUUCUGUCUGGUUCACCGUCGCUUUCACUGUUGAUCGCUUUGUAGCGAUUUGCUGUCAGAAGCUGAAAACAAAAUAUUGCACCGGGAAAACUGCGGCUGUGAUUCUAACAACAACUUCCGUACUGUGCUGUCUGAAAAACAUUACCCGCUAUUUCUUAUGGGAACCUAGAGAGAUAAUCGACAAUGUACCGUGGUUCUGUAAAAUCAUGGACUAUAUCUCCAGUGACCCGUGGUGGAGAGUAGAUGGUUGGCUCGAUACGGUUUUAACUCCGUUCAUCCCUUUCGCUGUGAUUCUGCUGCUCAACGCUCUGACAGUCAGGCACAUUUUAGCGGACAGUCGCGUCCGUAAGGGGCUGAGGGGUCAGAGCAACCAGGAGAAUCGUAGAGACCCGGAGAUGGAGAGCCGGAGGAGGUCUGUGGUUUUACUCUUCACUCUCUCCGGCAGCUUCAUCCUCUUGUGGAUGACGAACGUUGUAAAUUUCAUGUAUUAUGAGAUCAAAGGAUUACGAUUCAGGUAUUUCGAUGAUUCUGAAUGGAUCUUCCACCGCGUCGGAGUUUUGCUGAGGAAUUUCAGCUGCUGCACGAACACAUUUAUUUACGCGGUCACUCAGUCGAAAUUCAGGGAGCAGGUGAUCAGCGCGGUGAAAUAUCCGGUCGCCUCGGUGCUUCAGUUCAUGAAUAAAGCCGCGCACUGAGCACAAUACAGAGGUGGCCGCGGUGUCUUCAGUCCGGGCUCCAGCUCCUCACAUUCACUGCCUGAUUCCACAGGUGUUACUCCCGGGCGUAACGUCCCAUCGACUGGCAGCAACUAAAUGGUAACGAUUGAAAAUAACAGGGAUUUAGCUGACCUGGACAGUGACAGGCCAAGUUCCGGCUGACUACUGGGAUCUAUAAUACAGCCCCAGUGGAAUGACCAGUCUUGUUUCUGUACUACCUACAGUGACGUGUGGCUGGUGUUGGUGUAAGGGAGGAAACUCACAUGCAUUUCCGUAGCUUUACAGUCAGUACGCAGUGCAUUGUGGGGCUGUAGUUUACAGCCACUGAAGGCAUGUAGGAAUUUAUGAAUAACACGUAUCUGAGUCACUUUAUGUAUUUAACAAAACCCUCAUCCACUUCCUUCCAUUACAAGCAAAUCAAAAGCAGUCGCCUUCCGCUCCCGUUAAUACGUCAAGAACAGCAUUUUAAAGCAAACACAGUUCAAUGACGGUGCCUGUGAAUUAUGUCGAACAGUAUCUCUUACGAACAAUUUGUGUUAUUUGUCUCCCUUUACAUCGCACCGUGCCUGUGGGGCCUGUAGUGGCAGAGGGGAGAAUCAGUGUUAAUCACCCUCAGUUUAGGGAUCUGUGCACAGUCAUCAUCUGCUUUCCUUCUGACCCGAGUCCUCCAGUCCUGGCAACAGAAGUCGUGAGUUCUUACCGCGCCAUUAUGGGUUAAUCAGGAGCUUCCGGUGGGGGCCAUCAAACAUGCUGAGCGGUACAACACGGGCACAGGCCGUAUUUCACUGCGUUGUUCUGAAUCUUUAAACUGGUAAUUACAUGCCUACUAAACCAAUCCCAUUUGUCCAGGAAAGGUACACAUCACUCUGUUCUCCACAUGUUCACGUGGUAUGUAAUAGUCUCUAUCACAUCGGCCUCAGUGACCUUUUUUUGCAUUCAUUCCAGACACUCAUCACUACUGGUACGAAAAAAAAUCUACUUGCAACGCAGCUCUCCUUUAAACGUUCUGAUUCAUAGUAACGUUACUUGUUAGACAAGUUGUUCUUUUCUAACAGCACCAGUGUAGGGAAUAGAUACAGAAUUACACUAAAUUACAAAAUAAAUAAAUAGUACG